AGGAGGAGACUGAUAGCAGCUUUCCAUUAACUGCUGCUCCUAUCAACAUGUUGCAUGCUGACAUUAAAGAAGAGGUCCCUGAAGAAAACAAUCCUGAUGUGGACCAGCAGGAGCUGCAGCUGCUCUACAUAAAGGAGGAAGGAGAAAUAAUCUGUGGCAGCCAGAAAAGAGAGCAACAGAAUUUCAAGGAGGAGACUGAAGAUACCAGGUUUCCAUCAACUGUUGUUAAUAUGAAAAGUGAAGAGGAUGAAGAGAAACCUCCGUUCUCUAGCUAUGGUCAACAGCUAACAGAAGCCAGAUAUUUUACAACCGGCACUUCAACUGACUUUAUAAAAGUGAACAUUAAAGAUGAGGCUUCAGAUGUGGAUUCAAUGAAAAUAGUUGUAGAUAGUACAAAGGUUAAUUUGAAAAAUCCAAAGACCAGCAUAAUAAGCCAUACCAGGGAGAAAUCCUUUGGUUGUGAUAUUUGUGGAAAAAGAUUUGACAGAAAGUCAUAUUUUAAAGAACACAAAAAAAUCCACAUGGGAAAAAAACCUUUUGGUUGUGAUGCUUGUGGUAAAAUAUUUUCUUACAGCUCAUCCUUAAAAAGACAUAUGAGAAUCCACACAGGAGAAAAACCUUUUAGUUGUGAUGCAUGUGGGAAAAGAUUUGGUCGCAGCUCAGCCUUAAAAAUGCAUAUGAUAAUCCAUACGGGAGAGAAACGUUUUGGUUGCGAUGCAUGUAAUAAAAGAUUUUCCAAAAAGUCAUAUUUAACUAUACACAUGUCAAUCCACACAGGAGAGAAGGCUUUUGGUUGUGAUAGAUGUGGUAAAAGAUUUUCUGCCAGCUCACCCUUAAAUAGACACAUGAGAAUCCACACAGGAGAGAAACCGUAUAGCUGUGAUACAUGUGGGAAAAGAUUUUCCAGAAAGCCAAACUUAAAUUCACACAUGGAUAUCCACACAGGAAAAAAACCCUUUGGUUGUGAUGCUUGUAGUAAAAGAUUUCGCUGGAGGUCAGAAUUAGAUAGGCACAUGAAAUUACAUCUGCAAUAGAUCAGGUCACGCGUGACGUCAGCGCUACAUCCGGGUCCCGCGGGUAGGCAAAAACAGAACUGUUCCCGUCUACUACAUGACAAAACGGGUGAUUUAGAGCAUACUUUUAU